ACUGGGUGAGGAACGAUAGAGUACAGUAAGUAGAUAGAUAGUGGGAUAGACGAGGUAAAGCAAGCCAACUUGGUCGCUCGCCUUGCCUGCAUUCCUUCUCAACCCGAAACCUAUCCGCUGCGCUUCAAGUCUAUGUUUGAAUCGCCGCAGCUCAGAAAGAACAAGCACAUUUUGAGAUAAAGUGUAUAUCGCGUAGGAGGAUCCUAUCAAACGAAGGAGUAACCGUGAGAGAAGCACGAGAUACGGAGACAUGGCUGCGACAACCUGUACACGUUUCACGGACGAUUUUCAGCUAUACGAAGAGCUGGGAAAGGGAGCGUUUUCAGUGGUGCGCAGAUGUGUCAAGCUGUGUAGUGGACAGGAAUAUGCCGCCAAAAUAAUCAACACCAAAAAGCUAUCUGCAAGAGACCACCAGAAAUUAGAGAGAGAGGCCCGUAUCUGUCGCCUGCUCAAGCACUCCAACAUCGUCCGUCUACAUGACAGUAUAUCAGAGGAAGGAUUCCACUACCUCCUGUUUGACUUGGUGACUGGAGGGGAGUUGUUUGAGGACAUCGUAGCCAGAGAGUACUACAGUGAGGCUGACGCCAGUCAUUGCAUCCAGCAGAUCGUGGAGGCGGUGCUACACUGCCAUCAAAUGGGCGUGGUGCAUCGAGAUCUAAAGCCAGAGAAUCUACUCCUAGCCAGCAAAUGCAAGAAUGCUGCCGUCAAGUUGGCCGACUUUGGCCUGGCCAUCGAGGUACAAGGAGAUCAGCAAGCCUGGUUUGGAUUUGCUGGUACACCGGGAUACCUGUCCCCUGAGGUGCUGAGGAAGGAGGCAUAUGGCAAACCUGUGGACAUCUGGGCCUGCGGGGUGAUUCUGUAUAUCCUGCUAGUGGGCUACCCUCCCUUCUGGGAUGAGGACCAGCACAAACUGUACCAACAGAUCAAAGCUGGGGCCUACGAUUUUCCCUCUCCAGAGUGGGACACAGUCACUCCAGAGGCUAAGAACCUGAUUAACCAGAUGUUGACCAUCAACCCUGCCAAGAGGAUCACCGCCCAGGAGGCUCUCAAACACCCAUGGGUCUGCCAACGUUCUACAGUGGCGUCCAUGAUGCACAGACAGGAGACAGUGGAGUGCCUGAAGAAGUUCAACGCCCGGAGGAAACUCAAGGGGGCCGUUCUCACUGCUAUGCUGGUUUCCCGUAACUUCUCAGUGGGCGCUCGUUCCGCCACCGCUCCAAUCAGUGUCAGUGCAGCAGCAGCAGCAGCAGCAGCAGCAGCAGGCACCACCGGUGGGCUGGUGGAACAAGCAGCCAAGAGUUUGCUCAACAAGAAGGCAGAUGUCAAGCCCCAGACACCACAGACAAACAGCACCAAAAACAGCAUAGUCACCAGCCCCAAAGGAAACGUCCCUACUCCUGUUCUGGAGGCUCAGACCACUGUUAUCCAUAAUCCAAUGGAUGGAACUAAGGAAUCAACUGACAGCAGUACCACUGUGGAGGAUGAGGAUGUGAAAGCCACUAAGCUGCCAGACCUGUUUGGCGUUGUACGCAGGGCGUCAGGGCCCAUGUCUGACAGGGAGGGGGGCACCAGCACACCCCCUCCAGCUGCCCCCUCCACCGCCUCCCCACCCAUGGCACACACCCCCAUGCAGUUAUCCCGUCUCUCAGACCUAGUGAGCAAUGUUCGCCGUUCGUCCGCCCCAUCCUCAGCCCCCACUCCACCUGCGCCCGCCGGGGCGGAGGUGGUACCAGCUCCCAGGCCCACCCCCCACCCAUCACACCCCACCUCCCCUCCUCCCCCCAUGUCCCUCUCCAGCCUCACCCUCACCUCUCAGACACGUAAACAAGAGAUCAUUAAGAUCACUGAACAGCUAAUCCAGGCUGUCAACAAUGGAGACUUUGAGGCAUACGCUAAGAUCUGUGAUCCUGGUCUAACCUCCUUUGAGCCCGAGGCCCUGGGAAACCUGGUGGAGGGAAUGGACUUCCACAGAUUCUAUUUUGAGAACCUUCUGUCUAAGAACAGUAAACCUAUCCACACCACCAUCCUCAACCCCCACGUCCACCUGAUUGGAGAGGACGCUGCCUGCAUCGCCUACAUCCGACUCACCCAAUUUGUCGACGGCCUGGGCCAUCCACGCUCCAGCCAAUCAGAGGAGACUAGGGUGUGGCACCGCCGGGACUCCAAGUGGCAGAACAUCCACUUCCACUGUUCGGGCGCUCCCGCUGCGCCUCUCCAGUGAUGUACGUGAGGAGGAGAAUGCCAAAGCCAUGUCUGACAAGAGUGCUCUGCUGGAGAGAGAGAGAGGGAGUGAGGGAGGGAGGCGGAGAACAUGUCCAGUGCUGGGUGGCUGUAAUCCUGCAGCACCAGACCUCUCGCACACCGGAUACCCAGCAUGCAUCUCUUCUCUACAACGACCGCCCCCUUGUCUGUCGCCGUCUGCCACUGACAACACCAUCUCAACAACCAACCAACCAACAACAGCAACCCACUGUACCCACUGACAACACCAUCUCAAUAACCAACCAACAACCCCAACCCACUGUACCCACUGACAACACCAUCUCAAUAACCAACCAACAACCCCAACCCACUGUACCCACUGACAACACCAUCUCAACAACCAACCAACCAACAACCCCAACCCACUGUACCCACUGACAACACCAUCUCAACAACCAACCAACCAACAACCCCAACCCACUGUACCCACUGACAACACCAUCUCAACAACCAACCAACAACAGCAACCCACUGUACCCACUGACAACACCAUCUCAACAACCAACCAACAACCCCAACCCACUGUACCCACUGACAACACCAUCUCAAUAACCAACCAACAACCCCAACCCACUGUACCCACUGACAACACCAUCUCAAUAACCAACCAACCAACAACCCCAACCCACUGUACCCACUGACAACACCAUCUCAACAACCAACCAACAACCCCAACCCACUGUACCCACUGACAACACCAUCUCAACAACCAACCAACAACCCCAACCCACUGUACCCACUGACAACACCAUCUCAAUAACCAACCAACCAACAACCCCAACCCACUGUACCCACUGACAACACCAUCUCAACAACCAACAACCCCAACCCACUGUACCCACUGACAACACCAUCUCAAUAACCAACCAACAACCCCAACCCACUGUACCCACUGACAACACCAUCUCAAUAACCAACCAACAACCCCAACCCACUGUACCCACUGACAACACCAUCUCAAUAACCAACCAACCAACAACAGCAACCCACUGUACCCACUGACAACACCAUCUCAACAACCAACCAACCAACAACAGCAACCCACUGUACCCACUGACAACACCAUCUCAAUAACCAACCAACAACCCCAACCCACUGUACCCACUGACAACACCAUCUCAACAACCAACCAACCAACAACCCCAACCCACUGUACCCACUGACAACACCAUCUCAAUAAUCAACCAACCAACAACCCCAACCCACUGUACCCACUGACAACACCAUCUCAAUAACCAACCAACAACCCCAACCCACUGUACCCACUGACAACACCAUCUCAAUAACCAACCAACCAACAACCCCAACCCACUGUACCCACUGACAACACCAUCUCAACAACCAACCAACAACCCCAACCCACUGUACCCACUGACAACACCAUCUCAAUAACCAACCAACAACCCCAACCCACUGUACCCACUGACAACACCAUCUCAAUAACCAACCAACAACCCCAACCCACUGUACCCACUGACAACACCAUCUCAAUAACCAACCAACCAACAACAGCAACCCACUGUACCCA